GCUGCCCCCGCGUGAUGGUAAGGGCGGAGUCCCCGCUCGGAGCUGCUUUGUAAUCUCUUGGGAUAUUUAUUGGGUGCCACCCUAUUGCGUGCUGACAGUGCUGCCCGUUCGUGGCUUGCUCCAAAUUAAUAAAUAUUCUGAAGGCUGAUACGGCCGCUGUGGCCAUCAUUCUUUUAUUUACUGGAUUGUAUUUAGAUAUUCUGUAUUGUUUUUCAAAGAGGAUAAUCUGUUACGAAGCAGAACUGCUCUCCCUUAUGUUUUGCUACACCUCGGCACUGGUUUUUAUUGCAUGUUUGAUUUCGGCUUCAUCCCAGGAAAUCAGAGAGGGACCCUCAGACCACAAACGUCUGAGCCCAGAAACUCUGCAGCCCCAUAGCGCAGGGCAUGAGGGCUGCAUGGAUGUCCUGUGCCCAUGUCUCAGUGUCACCUAGCCAGAAUGAGGUUUCACAAUGAGAUGCAAGAAUCCCAGAAUGCUUGAUGUUGGACCUCUGGAGAUCAUCCAGCCCAAGCUGCCUGCACAAGCAGGUUUUAGAUUUGUGAUAGCUGGAGUCCUCUUGGAAGGGGUGGAGUUUGUCUUCAUUUGUGCUUGUGACUUUUAAGUCAAAGUGGGCGUAUAUAGAGAGAAAGAGCAGAGGAUGAAGGAACAGACAGCGGUGUUUGAGAUCAGGACAGUGGGUGGCUGUUGUGGCCUUCCCAAUGGCACUUGCAACCCCAUUAACUCCUCAUGGCUAAUAACAACUCCGCUCCUUCCUCUCGCCCUGUGCACAGGCUGUGGCCAUGUCCUCACUGCGCUAGGCCUGUCCCCCCCCACCUCGAGGAUGCGUGCCUGGAAGGCGGUGGCCAGCACGCUGGCGCUGAGCGGAGCCGAUGUGGUGGUCACCACGCUGCUCUAUGCCCACGGCCGGCGUGGUCGGGACAUCCUUCAGGACCUGAGGCACUUCAACAUCUUCAACUCGCUGCUGGACAUCUGGGGGGGCUGUCUGUACCGUAGCUGUGUGCUGCUGGGGGCCGCCAUCGGAGUGGCCACCAACACGGCCUAUGGCCCCCGGCGCCUCAGGGCUUCGCGGACCUUCAUUGCUGUCGUCUGCCUCCUCAUGGGCAUCUACAUGAUGGUGAAGCUGCUGCUCUACUCUGAGGUGCGGAGGACCAUCAGGGACCCCUGGUUCUGGGGGCUCUUUGCUUGGACCUAUGUGGCGUUAGUGGCCACCUUUGGGCUGUGGCAGCUGCUGGCCUGUGUCACAUCUUCCCGUGAGGCGCUGGGUCAUGGCUCUGAGUCCCGCACCGAGGCGGAGGAGAGUUGCGACGCCCCACGGGACAAGCGAGAGGAGGCAGCGGGACCCACCAUCCAUAAACUGCUGUCCUACACCAAGCCAGAUGCCAUCUUCCUGGGUAUUGCUUCCUUCUUCCUCCUCGUGGCCGCGCUGGGAGAGACCUUCCUGCCCUACUACACAGGGUUGGCCAUUGACGGCAUUGUGGUGCAGAAGAGCAUGGACCGCUUCUCCACGGCGGUGCUGGUCAUGUCGCUGCUCGCCAUAGGAAGCUCAUUUGCCGCAGGUGUCCGGGGCGGCGUUUUUACGCUCAUAUUUGCGAGACUGAACAUCCGCCUUCGCAACUGCCUCUUCAGGUCGCUGGUGUCUCAAGAGAUGAGUUUCUUUGAUGAGAAUCGCACAGGGGAUGUCAUCUCCCGCCUGACGUCGGACACAACCAUCGUGAGUGACCUGGUCUCCCAGAACAUCAACAUCUUCCUGCGCAACAUGGUGAAGGCCACAGGGGUGAUCUUCUUCAUGUUCAGCCUCUCAUGGAAGCUCUCGCUUGUCACCUUCAUGGGCUUCCCCAUCAUCAUGCUGGUGUCUGACAUCUACGGGAAGUACUACAAGAAGCUCUCCAAGGAUGUGCAGAACGCCCUGGCCAAGGCCAACAACACUGCUGAGGAGACCAUCUCUGCCAUGAAGACUGUCCGCAGCUUUGCCAAUGAGGAGGCAGAGGCAAAUGUGUACUGGCAGAAGCUGCAGCAAGUGUACAGACUCAACAAGCGGGAGGCCCUGGCGUACACCUACUAUGUGUGGUCCAGUGGGGCUGCUGCAUUGCGUGCCUUUGCCAGCUCAUCUCCGGCGGUUCCGGCUGGGAAAACAGCCACAGUGUUGGUUGAGAUUCUGCUCAGAAGCAGAGAUUUUCUACAUGUGGGCGGUGGUGAAGGGAGGCUGCAGCUCACCCUCCUGGUGGUCCAGGUCAGCAUCCUGUACUAUGGAGGGCACCUUGUGAUCUCUGGGCAAAUGACGAGUGGAAACCUGAUAUCCUUCAUCAUUUAUGAGUUUGUCUUAGGAGAUUGCAUGGAGUCUGUGGGCUCUGUCUACAGCGGCCUGAUGCAGGGGGUGGGCGCAGCCGAGAAGGUGUUUGAGUUCAUUGACCGCAAGCCAACAAUGGUCAACGAUGGGUCACUGGCCCCAGACCAUGUGGAUGGAAAGGUGGAGUUCAGAAAUGUGACAUUCUCUUACCGCACUCGUUCCGCAACGCAGGUCCUCCAGAACGUGUCCUUCACCCUGCACCCUGGCAAAGUGACAGCACUGGUGGGCCCCUCAGGGAGUGGGAAGAGCUCCUGCGUCAACAUCCUGGAGAACUUCUACCCUCUGCAAGAUGGGCAGGUGCUGCUGGAUGGGCGUCCCAUUAACAUGUACGAUCACAAGUACCUGCACUCAGUGAUCUCCCUGGUCAGUCAAGAGCCAGUGCUGUUUGCUCGCUCUAUUGCUGAUAAUAUUUCUUAUGGCUUAGCUUCAGCCUCCUUUGAGUCGGUUGUUCAGGCUGCCCAGAAAGCUAACGCACACGCCUUCAUCACGGAGCUGCAGGAUGGCUACCACACAGAGGCAGGUGAAAAAGGAGCUCAGCUAUCAGGUGGCCAGAAGCAGAGAGUGGCUAUUGCCAGAGCCUUGAUCCGAACCCCUCCCAUCCUAAUCCUGGAUGAAGCCACAAGUGCACUGGAUGCAGAGAGUGAACAUGCGAUUCAGCAGGCGAUUUACGGUGACUUGCAGAACCACACAGUGCUUGUCAUAGCACACAGGCUGAGCACUGUCGAGAAGGCACACAACAUCAUUGUGCUGGACAAGGGCCGCGUGGUGCAGCAGGGCUCACACAAGGAGCUCAUGGAAGAAGGAGGUCUUUAUUCCAAGCUGGUGCAGAGACAGAUCCUGGGGCUCGAGGCGGGUAGCGCAGACAGCCGCCAACCCACAGCCCGGGGGGAUUCAGCGAAGGCGCCCGGCGGGCUGGAGGGAGAGUUCAGGAUAGACCAUUCCCUCCCAGCUGCAGCACAGGACGACUGCAACAACACAACUCCUAAGUGAGAGCAGCGAGGGCUGGGGCUGGAGACGCAUGCUGGGACGCAGCGCAGGAGGUGGCUUCCCGACGGCGCCGCGCCGCACAACGUGCCCGUCUGCUCAUCCUGCGUGCGCCGCGCACCUUUGCACACACACAACCACACACUAUAGAGCUUCCUGCAUUACUGCCCAGUGGGCAGAUGCCUGCUGGUUAAACAGGGAAACACAUUUGGGAGUUGGGUCUUUAGCAAUUCCCAGCAUUUCUACCGAGUUUCUUUUCUUACUACCAGUAAUUCCCCACAACUGGGACUUUUCUUCCAUUGAUAUGCAUGUGUAACUGAUAUUAACUGUAAUGGAUGUAAAAUGCAUGCACGGAGGGGAAAUUCCCCUCCAGGAAUUCAGGGGGUGGCUCUUGUAGCCAGAUAGAAAAGCAGCGACUGGAGAAGGUCCUGCUCCUGCUGUCGAUCUGUGGAGCCAGUCUGAAGUCUGCAGGGAUCUCCCUUUGGCUUUAGUGAAAACUGGAUCACUCUCUUGGGGCUGAAUGCCAGGAGAGUUUUGCACUGAGUGCCUGCAGGCUCAGGUUCACAACCACAGCUGCUGGACUUGUUUCAUGUAGUAACCAUCCUUUGUGGAAUAAGCCAGGGGACCAGGAGGCAGGUGUUGCAUUUAGAUUUGCUCGUGGUGCUUGGUGGGUAUUUGGUUUUGUUUUUAAGGAUGAAGAGUUUUACCCUAAUUGGGUUAGGGUGAGGUGGUUUGGUUUGGUUUUGUUUUCUUAUAUUUCCAUGUGCACUACACAAUGUCUGUCUGGCUCCAGCAUCCUCUCAAAUUUAGUCUGUUAUUUCAGUAUUUUUUUAUAUCUCACAACCCUGGUGCUGGUUUGAAAAACACUACUAAAGACAGGCAUAAAAUACUAAAAGACAGCACUUUAUAAAUCCCACUGAAGCUUUGUUCAGCUUCAGGCAAUGCUACUGACUUCAUUGCAUGGGAAACCCAUACAGUCACUUUCCUUGAAGUCAAACUUCCUCUGCCUGAAGUUGAAAAUGUAUUUCUUUGAAUACUAUUUAUUAACUUUGAGUAAGAGUGAAAGAAAGAAAGCUGUUGCUCCUAGCCCUUGUGCAUAAUGGCUCUGGCUUUGUAGUUUUAUCCUGCCAUAGAUUAGUGGUGAAGCUUAUGCAGGCAGGCAGAUGCUAUUGAAAAAUAGCAUUGGAUUUUAUAUGGGAAUGAUUGACUUAGAAUGUGCAUCGUUAAGAAAUUAUCUCAAGCACUUUAGCUCUCAUGUUUUCCAAUAUUUGAAUGCUGCUUUGUUUUCCUUUUUGGCAGUUUUGUUGUUGGUAACGUUUUGUUUUUGCUCAGUAAUGUUUUACAAACUCUUUAGUGUCCUUGAGGAGGGAUGCUCAAAAGAAAAAUAAAAUACUACCUCUGCCACUAAA